AGAAAACAUUGUGUUGUACUUCGGCAGGAUUUUAUUGCUACACCGGAAGCAGCGCUGUUUAUUAAGUUCCACGUGAAACCUUGAGCUUGUUAGAAAGUUUAGAAGUAAAAAAAUAUCCAACGUCUUUGCUUUCUUUCAUAAAAUAAUGGACGAGGAAGAUACAAGAGAUUAUAGAGAACCAUGUGCUCAGUGUUCUGAGGUCACGUGGGGCAUCACUGACGAAGGCAAGUUCUACUGCAGGUCCUGCCACAAUGUGAUUGAGAAAACAAAAGAGGUUACCACUGCAGAUUCCUUUACUGCCAAUGCAAGAAUCUUCUCUAUCAGUAAAGGAUUGCGAAAGAAAACGAAACUCGAGCAAGGCCGGGAGUGGUACUUGUGUGAGGGGUUUCAGUUCAUACUGAAGCUGCAAGCUGAUGCCAUUCAAGCUCUAGGAGUCUGCCCACAGUUUAAAGAUGAAAUCCUGUGCAGUUUUUGGCGCCGAUAUCUGCAGAAGAGUAGACAAGGCUACACCAAAAAACCUCUGAAAGACAUGAUGAGAAUCAUAAAGGUAUCUGAGUCUUCUCAGUCUUCAGACUCGCAGUCCCUGGAUUGCUGGUCCUCAUUGUCUGAGAGUGAGCUUGAAGAAGGGCAGUCUGACGAGAACAGUGGCCCAGCCUCUACGUCUCGGAGCAGGUCACCAUUGUCAGAUGACUUCACCUCUGUGUGCUCGGGAUCUGUCGACGGCAGGUUUCAUAGACCCCAGCGGCAGCGAACCAGAAUGCUCAUGAGCAUGCCCAUGACACUGGCUUUCUGUUCCAUGUCCUUGCUGUGGCUGAGGGAAUCAAUCACUUUGUCCGAGCUCUUGAGGUUUGUUGUUGAGGGUCACAUUCCCUACAUCAAUGUGUAUCAGAGCUUUCCUGAGGAGCUGAAGUUGUAUGGAAAAGAUACACAUAUCUUCCGGGUAGACUCCUUCCCGUCAUGUGAAAGCAUACAACAACACAUUUACAAGAUUGCAGCUUUUUUGGACCUGCCCCGUUUUCCAGAAAUAACUGAAAACUGUGUUUUGCAUCCCAAUAUACUUUGCAUUAAAUACCUCAUGGAAGCUAAUUUGCCAGAUGAAAUUCACAGCUACAUAUGGAGAGUGGUAAAAAGGACAGGGAUGGGCGAGGAGGCAUCCUUAACCUUUGACCCCUUGGCUAAACCGAUGAUCCCUAUAAACUAUGACAUAAAAGCGGCAUCCAUUGUAAUAGUUACUUUAAAACUGAUUUUUAAGCUGGAUGACGAAUUUGAAUGGUCAUUAUCUAAUGAUGCAGAGUCAGUGAACAGAAACAAAGAAGGUGUGGAAAUUUUUAAUUUCCGAAAAUGGUACAAGACAAUGAAGCAGGCCUUGGAUAAGGCGAAUGAGGGUGUGGAAGAGGAUGUAGCCAGGUACAUGUGGCAAUGCAAGAAGCCCAUCUUCUACUCCUCGAAAACAAGAUCGGUUGUGGUCAAAAGAAAACGCAUGGUGGUCAACCUGCAGCAGCAGUUCAAGAAGCUCACUGGAUCCGUCCCGAGGACUCCACAGCAGCCCCCGUCCAGCUUCCAGUUUACCUGGGAUGAGGAGAGCCAGGAUAAGCCAUGCUUCCACGGGCACAGCCUAAGGGCGUUCCUGAAGGAGGGUGCUGUCUGUGAUCUCCUGAACACCGGCUACUGGCACACUGCACUCAAACAGUGCAGAAAAGAGUACUGUAAAGGGCAUCUCCAGUUGGAGGAGCCACAUCUACCCCGGAGUUACAUAUUCAUACUUAAUCUGUUCUCCUUCAUGUUGAAAGUAGACUCUGCCCUGCUACAUGCUGAGGUUCAUGAGACAGAAAGACUGCUUCUUAAAGCAAAAGCACCAACGACUCCUUCAGGAAAGAGAAGACGACGAGUGCUUCAUUUGAUCCCAUGUUUAUGAAUUAACAGUGCCAUACUGUACAGGAGGUUGAUCUCAAAGUCAUGGAAACUUUGCAUACACUUGUGCAUGAACUUUGGUGAAAUUGUGUGUGUGUGUGGGUUGGGGGGGUGGGGUCACUGAUUCAUUUACUGUAGGGAAUGAAAGUGUACUCCUCCUGUAUAUUUGCUUUCAGCUUCUGUAUGCUGGCUUUUGAAUGUGAAGUGCUAAGAUUGAACAGUAACAAAGCAGACAUGCCAACUCUUCCAGUAUGUAGACAUGGUUGAAGAUAAUUCUGAUACAAUACAGCAUGUUUUGCUCAAAUUUACUAUGUAGCAUGUCACAAGUAUUGGAGUUGGUGGCAUCUUUUAUCUAGGGACGUUCUGACAUUUACAGUUUUUUUAUUUUUUUUCGUCAUUUGUAUGCAGUGCAAUAUUUUGUUGAAAUACAAACGUUUUCAUUAUUCUGCGAGUAAUGCGGUUUGCUCAGAAUUCCAUCUGAGGUCUCAUUCACCCGCGCUUCAUCCUAGCGGUGGACGCUUAUUGGUUAUUUCCAUUUGCCAGAUAAUAGUAAAGGAGCUGUUCUGCAGUUCAGGUACCUCGUACAGAAAAGCGAACGUGGUUUGUGAACUGUUUGUAAAACUUGUAAAGAAUAAAAGUAUUUGGAUUUGA